GAGGGGCGGUGCGUUUAAACAGCGCGGGUGCCGAGGCCGGUCCCCCGGGAGUUUGUGGCGGUUGCGUCGCCAUGCCCGGCCGUCCUGACGACUACGAGGUGCUGCUCACCAUCGGCGCCGGUUCCUACGGCAAGUGCCGCAAGGUGCGCCGCAAGGCCGACGGCAAGAUCUUGGUAUGGAAGGAGCUUGACUAUGGCUCAAUGACAGAGGCAGAGAAACAAAUGCUUGUUUCGGAAGUGAAUUUGCUUCGUGAGCUGAGACAUCCGAAUAUCGUCCGGUAUUACGAUCGGAUCAUUGAGAGAAGCAGCACUACCCUGUACAUUGUGAUGGAGUACUGUGAUGGUGGUGACCUGGCUAGCUUAAUUGCAAGGUGCACAAAAGAAAGGCAUUACUUGGAAGAAAGCUUUGUUCUCCGAGUAUUGACUCAAUUGACAUUGGCCUUGAAGGAAUGUCACAGACGGAGUGAUGGUGGAGUCACUGUGCAUCGUGACCUAAAACCAGCAAAUGUCUUUCUAGAUGGCAAGCAGAAUGUGAAACUUGGAGAUUUUGGACUGGCUAGAAUAUUGCACCAUGACACCAGCUUUGCCAAAACAUUUGUUGGAACUCCAUAUUAUAUGUCUCCAGAACAAAUGAACCACAUGUCGUACAAUGAAAAAUCUGACAUCUGGUCUCUAGGAUGUCUCCUGUAUGAAUUAUGUGCUCUCUCGCCUCCAUUUAGAGCUUACAACCAAAAGGAGCUGGCAGAAAAGAUAAGGGAAGGGAAGUUCAGACGAAUACCAUAUCGUUACUCAGAGCAGUUGAAUGAACUUCUCAAAGAGAUGCUGAAUGUAAAGGAUUAUUGUCGACCUUCUGUUGAAGAUAUUCUGCAGCACCCCUUGAUAGCAGAUUUGGUGACAGAAGAACAGAGGCAAAAUUCUGAUAAAAGAGGCCGGAGAUCAUGGGAGCCAGAAAGGCUGCAGUAUUCAGAUGCUGCAGUGAAUGAGCUGAAAAGGAAGGAACAACAAUUACAGGAGCGAGAACAAGCCAUUAAAGAGAGAGAGCAACGUUUGGAGCAGAGAGAACGGGAACUCUGUGUUCGAGAGAGACUGGCAGAGGACAAACUUGCUAGAGCUGAAAACCUGAUGAGGAACUACAAUCUCUACAAACAGCAGAGGACAUUAGCUUGUGCAGAUGGUCCAGAUAAUGCACUCCUGCUCCCCAUUUCUACAACCAAAAAGAAAGUACACUUUGAUGGAAGUGAAGAGAAUGCUAUGCCUCCUGUUAAUUUGGAAAACUAUCCCCUUUCUAAAGGGAAAUGCUCUGAUCUCAAGAAACGUCUAUAUGCUGCAAAUCUACGGGCUCAAGCACUGUCUGAACUGGAAAAAAACUAUCAACUAAAGAGCAGACAAAUCUUGGGCAUGCGCUGAAACUGUAACAUAGAUGUUAAAAAUGAUUAAAUGUUUAGGAAGAUACUUGUGCCUCCCUCUUUUAAGCUGGAACCUACUGAAAAUUUAUUUUAACUCUUGUUAGACAAACUCUUAGUCUAUGAUAGGUAGUUCAUGAUAAAGGCAUAAGAGAUUAUAUUACAAAAACAGGUAGUUUUGAUACCAAAUCAAACAAACUGAACGAACUGUAUUAUUAAAGAAAAAAUAUUUUGGUCCUCCUGCUUACCAUACAUUACUCUUUUGCAAAUAUAAAGAAUGAAUAUUGUAAACCAGAUUUUUUUAAAUUCUGGUGUGAAAAACUUUUCAGAUGAAAUAUGUACAGAGAUUCACAAUCUGUAGGUUAAAUUGAUGCUGUAUGUAAUGUACAGUACCUGAUAAAAUAAGUAUUGAUAUUUUGUAUAUGUGGAAAAACUGGCUUUUUGUCUGCACUUGUAAAUAUUUUUUAACUAUCAAAAGAGCAAAAAGAGAUUUUAUGUUAUCUCUUCCUACUAACUAGGUGACCUAUCACAGCAGGCUACUUUUAGUUUAAUGUCUUUGGCUAAUGAGUGGGAUGGGUCAGCAUAGCAUAAUUGAUGAGUUUAUACUCCGUUCUGCCUGGGCAGCUGAAUGGCUUGUCCAUCAGCUCCUGAAAGGCCUGCUUCAGGGCAUAGCAUUUGAAACGAUACCUUCUUUGGUUUGUCUUGAAACUGUGUUAUAACCCGAUCUCCUGAGACUGCUGUCUUGGA